AUGGGGGAUCGGGAGGUUGGAAGCGACGUGGAGAUGGCGAGGGAGAGGAAGGCGGUGGAAGUGGAGGACGAGAAGGAGCCCGGUAACGAAGAUGAACCGAAGCGGCAGGGGGGCUUUGAAGACGAACUGGGUGCUGACACUUCUGUGAACCGAUUGGUGACACGUGUAGCACAGUGUCUCGUGUUGCAGUGUGGUGUCAACUCCGGACAGCAUUCCUGGUCGAUAAUUCCGUGA